AUGAAUGAGGAGAAGCUUCCAUCUGUACUACCUGGGGAAGGUGGUGCUGCCUGGGACCCCAGCUUGGAGCCUGAGGAAGAACCUGGGGUCCAGAAUGGAAUGGCACACAGUCAGGACCUGAACAGUAGCUACAACAGCCCAGGGCAUGAGAUGAGGGGCACUCUGGUGGACACUGAGGAGUCCACACAGGGCCCGGACAUGGCCCUCCAUGGCCUCAGCCUUGGCCUUUCCUUCACCAAUGGCCUAGUCCUGGGGCCAGACUCAAAUAUUCUAGAAGAUUCUGCAGAGUCCAGGCCCUGGAGGGCUGGUGGGCUGGCAGAGGGGGACAAUGCUUCCAAGAAUCUCUGUCUGGACACUGAGGACCUUCAGCUGGGGCUGGGCAGCCGCGGAGAGCCGGAUGUGCGGGACGGCUUCAGUGCCACGUUUGAGAAGAUUGUGGAGUCAGAGCUGCUGCGGGGCACCCAGUACUGCAGCCUUGACUCCCUGGACGUGCUGAGCCUCACGGACGAGAGUGACAGCUGCGUCAGCUUCGAGGCCCCCCUGACACCCCUCAUCCAGCAGCGGGCCCGUGAUAGCCCUGAGCCGGGGGCUGGCUUGGGCACUGGGGACAUGGGGUCUGAGGGGGACAUGGGAGCGGCUGGUGGGGGGGGGGCGCUGGGCAGCCCCCUGCGGUGCUCCAUCUCCAGCAGCCGAUCAGAGAACGUCCUGAGCCGCCUGUCUCUCACGGCCGUGCCCAAUGGCUUCCAUGAAGAGGGACCCCAGGGCCCAGGUGGGGGUGAGGAGGACGAGGAGGAGGAAGAGGAGGACACAGACAGGUUGCUGAAGUCAGCCAGCGACCCCAGGCUAAAGGAUGGCUUUUCAGACUCGGACUCGGAGCUGAGCAGCUCGGAGGGGCUGGAGCCUGGCAGCACGGACGCACUGGCCAACGGGUGCCAGGGGGUCAGUGAGGCCGCUCGCCGGCUGGCCCGCCGCCUCUACCACCUCGAGGGCUUUCAGCGCUGUGACGUCGCCCGGCAGCUAGGCAAGAACAAUGAGUUCAGCAGGCUGGUGGCCGGGGAGUAUCUCAGCUUCUUCGACUUCUCGGGCCUGACUCUGGACCGAGCGCUCAGAACCUUCCUGAAGGCCUUCCCGCUGAUGGGGGAGACGCAGGAGCGUGAGCGGGUCCUGACGCACUUCUCCCGCCGAUACUGUCAGUGCAACCCGGAGGACAGCACCUCGGAAGAUGGGAUCCACACACUCACCUGUGCUCUGAUGCUGCUCAACACGGACCUGCACGGACAUAACAUUGGCAAAAAGAUGUCCUGCCAGCAGUUCAUUGCCAACUUGGACCAGCUGAAUGAUGGCCAAGACUUUGCCAAAGACCUGCUGAAGACCCUUUACAACUCCAUCAAGAAUGAAAAGCUGGAAUGGGCCAUUGAUGAGGACGAGCUGAGGAAAUCACUCUCUGAGCUGGUGGAUGACAAGUUUGGGACAGGCACCAAGAAAGUGACACGGAUCCUGGAUGGUGGCAACCCCUUCCUGGAUGUCCCGCAGGCUCUCAGUGCCACCACCUACAAGCAUGGUGUGCUGACUCGGAAGACUCACGCCGACAUGGAUGGCAAGAGGACACCCCGUGGGAGGCGUGGCUGGAAGAAAUUCUACGCGGUGCUCAAAGGGACCAUCUUGUACCUACAGAAGGACGAGUACAGGCCCGACAAAGCUCUGUCUGAGGGCGACCUGAAGAACGCUAUUCGCGUGCACCAUGCUCUGGCCACCAGGGCCUCUGACUACAGCAAGAAGUCCAACGUGCUCAAGCUGAAGACGGCUGACUGGAGGGUCUUCCUCUUCCAGGCACCGAGCAAGGAAGAAAUGCUGUCGUGGAUCCUUAGGAUCAACCUGGUGGCCGCCAUCUUCUCAGCCCCCUCCUUCCCUGCUGCUGUCAGCUCCAUGAAGAAGUUCUGUCGGCCCCUGCUGCCCUCCUGCACCACUCGCCUCUGCCAGGAGGAGCAGCUGCGUUCUCAUGAGAAUAAGUUGAGGCAGGUGACUGCGGAGCUGGCUGAGCACAGGUGUCACCCCAUUGAGAAGGGCGUCAAGUCCAAGGAGGCUGAGGAGAACCGGCUGAAGGAGCACUAUCUCACUUUUGAGAAAAGCCGAUAUGAGACCUAUAUCCACCUCCUGGCUGUGAAAAUCAAAGUGGGCUCCGAUGACCUGGAGCGGAUUGAGGCCCGGCUGGCCACUCUGGAAGGGGAGGAUCCUUCUCUCCGCAAGACACACUCAAGCCCCGCCCUCAGUCAGGGCCCCGGAACUGUGACUGGCAGCAAAGCCAGGAAGGGUACCACCGGGCCUGAUACUUAG